UACUGCACGUCCGGAAUGAGGAGGAAGAAGGUGAGCUCCUCGAAGGCGCGGUGUGCUAACCUCCCUUCCAUGAUGGCUAGGGUUCUUUUGCGGAAGGAUGAAGGAAGGAGGGAAAGAGUCACCGCUGCGGAGCAAAUUUACCGCCAUGAGGAACGCAGUUUUCGUUCUUUACCGUACUAUCUUGGCCGAUCUUCCAUUUUCCGUGACUCGGCUGUUCUAUCAGGUCGAUUGUCCUCAUCUUUGCUGCGAUUUCCGGGAAUACGCGCUGUUCUUCUUAUCUAUUUACUCGGUCGAUCGUUUCGUUUCUUUCUCUUGUGGGGCAUCUUCGUAUUGGAUCAGCUGUAUUCUUUGAAAGUAUUGGAUCAGCUGUAUUCAGUGGCAAGGUGUGAUAAGCCUAUAUAAAAGAACUUCACAGAGAUUGAACUCCCCUCAUAAUGGAUUAUCUCACUCGUUCUAUGAUGGCCUUUUGUGGUGGUUCCUUUUGUUCUUCUUAUGGAAAAGCUUGUGGUCUUGAGGGCAUACUUUACUCGAAUACUUGUGUGAACCACUUCUUGGUCAUCUCCAUCACUGUGCUGCUGUUCUUUGCCUUUCUUAUGAACUUUGCCCGCAAAUCUGCCAUGAUUUCAAUGCAAACACUUUUUCAGCUAUCAAGUCCUUUGAAAAUAUCUUCCAUCAUCUUCAAUGGCUGUUUGGGAUUUGCUUAUCUGGGCCUUGGCCUAUGGAUGUUGGAAGAGAAAUUAGGGAGGGGAGAUGGUUUCUUCCCUUUACAUGUGUGGCUGGUUGUGUUUUCUCAAGGCUUUUCCUGGAUUCUUAUCAGUUUUGUGGCGAGCAUCAGAGCCAAACAGCUUGGAGAGGCGUUUAUCAAGGUUUGGUCUGGAGUUGCAAGUGUCUUUGCAGCAUUUCUCUGCAUUUCUUCUGUUUUGGGCAUCCUUCUGGCGAGAGUAAUAUCAGUUAGGAUUGUUCUAGAUCUGCUCACCUUACCAGGAGCUAUAAUGUUACUUCUUUGUGCCUUCAAGGGAUCCCUAGAAGAUUAUGACACUCUUGCUGGCUCUCUUUAUGCGCCUCUUAGCAAUGAUUCUUAUACAAAAUCAAACUCUUCAGAUAUGUUUGUGACUCCUUUUUCAAAUGCUGGAUUUGUCAGUAGAAUUUCGUUCUGGUGGUUAAACUCUUUGAUGAAGAAGGGCUGUGAGAAGCCCUUGGAUGAGAAAGAUAUACCUCAUAUGGGUGAGAUGGAUCGAGCAGAAUGCCGAUACUUCAUGUUUCUUGAGCAACUUAGCAGGCAACUCCAGAGUAGUCACACCACCUCACCAUCUUUCUUCAGAGCAAUAGUUUCUUGUCAUAAAAAAGAAAUUUUAGUUUCUGGUCUCUUUGCAUUGCUAAAGGUACUGACCCUAUCUGCCGGUCCAAUGCUUUUGAAUGCCUUUAUAAAAGUGUCAGUAGGAAUGGGAACUUUCAAAUAUGAAGGUUAUGUUUUGGCUUUGGGAAUGUUCUUGGUGAAAUUUUUGGAGUCCUUAUCUCAGAGGCAGUGGCAUUUUCGGACCAGAAUGCUGGGUCUACAAAUCAGAUCUUUGCUUUCAGCAGCUGUGUAUCAGAAGCAGCUAAGGCUAUCAAGCUUGGCCAAGCUGAUACAUUCAUCUGGGGAGAUCAUGAAUUAUGUUACAGUUGAUGCAUAUAGGAUAGGGGAAUUUCCAGUCUGGUUUCAUCAGACAUGGACUACAUGCCUGCAACUCUGCAUUGCUUUGGUGAUUUUGUAUCAUGCUGUAGGCCUCGCAACAAUAUCAUCCAUGGUUGUGAUUGUACUCACAGUUCUAUGCAAUGCUCCUGUGGCUAAGCUUCAGCAUAAAUUCCAGACAAGACUUAUGGAGGCUCAAGAUGAGAGGCUGAAGGCUAUGUCAGAAGCUCUAGUGAAUAUGAAGGUUCUGAAGCUUUAUGCUUGGGAAACUCAUUUCAAAAAAGUGAUAGAAGUCUUGAGAGAAGAAGAAUGCAAGUGGCUGUCAGCAUUUCAGUUACAAAGAGCAUACAACAGCUUUCUUUUCUGGUCAUCUCCCGUGGUUGUUUCUGCUGCAACGUUCUUAACUUGUUAUCUUAUGGAGAUUCCUCUUUAUCCAAGCAAUGUCUUCACCUUUGUAGCAACACUUCGUCUUGUUCAAGACCCAGUUAGAUCAAUUCCUGAUGUUAUUGGAGCUUUUAUUCAAGCAAAGGUUGCAUUUGGCAGAAUUGUUAAGUUUCUUGAUUCAGAAGAGCUUCAGAGUGGUAAUAUUAGAAAGAGUUGCAGCGGAAAUGUAGAACAUCCGAUCGUAAUCAAGUCAGCAAGCUUUUCUUGGGAUGGCAAUCCUUCAAAACUUACACUCAGGAAUAUAAACUUAGAGCUUAAGCCAGGAGAAAAAAUUGCAAUAUGUGGUGAAGUUGGGUCGGGAAAAUCAACUUUAUUGGCAGCAAUUCUGGGAGAGGUACCAAACACAGAAGGCAUGAUUCAAGUCUUUGGAAAGAUUGCAUAUGUUUCUCAAAAUGCAUGGAUUCAGACUGGAACUGUACAAGAGAAUAUUCUAUUUGGUUCUGCAAUGAACAAGCAGAAAUACCAAGAGGCCUUAGAAAGGUGUUCCUUGGUGAAGGACCUUGACGUGUUGCCCUUUGGUGAUCUUACAGUAGUAGGAGAACGAGGGGUAAAUCUCAGUGGUGGUCAAAAGCAACGCGUUCAGCUCGCCCGUGCAUUGUACCAAGAUGCUGAAAUCUAUCUUCUAGAUGAUCCUUUUAGCGCAGUUGAUGCCCAUACUGCCACUAGCUUGUUUAAUGAUUAUGUUACAGGAGCUCUCUCUUCAAAAACUGUCCUAUUAGUUACUCACCAAGUGGAUUUCCUUCCAGCAUUUGACUCUAUUUUGUUGAUGUCAGAAGGAGAGGUCCUCCGAUCUGCUCCUUACCAUGAACUGAUGGUCUCAAGCAAAGAAUUUCAGGACCUGGUCAAUGCACACAAAGACACCGCCGAUCCUGAAAGUCUUGAGAAGCUUGUCUCGCAUAAAACCUGCAUGCGUGCAAGGGAGAUCCAUGACACUUGCAUCAAUAAUCAACAGAAAAUAACAAAAUCUUCAGGAGAAGAUCAACUGAUUAAGAAAGAGGAGAAAGAGUCUGGAGAUACUGGUCUAAAGCCUUACUUGCAAUACCUAAACCAGAACAAGGGUUUCUUGUACUCCUCACUAGCAGCUCUUUCUCAUAUAAUUUUUAUAUCAGGCCAAAUUUCUCAAAACUCUUGGAUGGCGGCAAAUGUUCAGAACCCGCAAGUGAGCACAUUGAGAUUGAUCACAGUAUACCUGGCGAUAGGGUGUAGUACUGCCAUCUUUUUAUUAUCUAGAUCAGUAUUUGUAGUUGUUCUUGGCCUUCAGUCAUCAAAAUCAUUAUUCUCUCAGCUGCUUAAUUGCUUGUUCCGUGCACCAAUGUCAUUUUUUGACUCCACUCCUCUCGGAAGGAUAUUGAGUCGGGUUUCUUCUGAUCUGAGUAUUGUUGACCUUGACGUGCCAUUCAGUUUGAUCUUUAGUAUCAGCGCUACAUUAAAUGCAUAUAGCAACCUUGGCAUAUUGGCGUUUAUUACAUGGCAAGUUUUAUUUGUCUCUAUUCCUAUGGUCUAUUUGACCAUCCGAUUGCAGGCCUACUACUUGAAUUCUGCAAAAGAGUUGAUGAGGAUCAAUGGCACUACAAAGUCUCUUGUGGCCAACCAUUUGUCUGAGUCUGUCUCUGGGGCAGUAACAAUAAGAGCAUUUCAGGAGGAAGAUCGUUUCUUUGCGAAGAAUCUGGAGCUUAUUGAUAGUAAUGCCAGCCCAUUCUUCCAUAAUUUUGCUGCAAGUGAAUGGUUGAUUCAACGUAUAGAGACCAUGGGCGCUGCUGUUCUUUCAACUUCAGCCCUUGUCAUGGCUCUUCUUCCUCCAGGAACUUUUAGCUCUGGAUUGGUGGGGAUGGCUCUAUCCUAUGGCUUUUCAUUAAAUAUGUCCCUAGUUUUCUCAGUCGAAAAUCAAUGCACACUAGCAAAUUACAUAAUAUCUGUGGAAAGGUUGAAUCAGUACAUGCAUAUAUCAAGUGAGGCCCCUGAAAUUGUUGGAGGCAACCGGCCACCACCGAAUUGGCCGGUAAUUGGCAAAGUGGAACUCAGAGAUUUAAAGAUAAGAUAUAGGCCAGAUACUCCUCUUGUUCUUCAGGGAAUCAGUUGCACCUUCGAAGGAGGACACAAGAUUGGAAUAGUUGGACGAACUGGAAGUGGGAAAACAACCCUUAUAGGUGCACUGUUUCGUCUAAUUGAGCCUUCAGGAGGAAAGAUCAUAAUAGAUGGCCUCAAUAUUGCCACAAUUGGGUUACAUGACUUGAGAUCCCGGUUUGGAAUCAUUCCUCAGGAUCCUACCCUCUUCCAUGGAUCUGUGAGAUAUAAUUUGGAUCCUUUAGGGCAACAUUCAGAUCUUGAAAUUUGGGAGGUCCUUGAAAAAUGCCAGCUCCGAGAAGUUGUUCAAGAGAAAGAGCAAGGUCUAGAUUCUCUAGUUGUUGAAGAUGGAUCGAACUGGAGCAUGGGGCAGAGGCAAUUGUUUUGCUUGGGGCGUGCCCUUUUAAGGAAAAGUCGUAUUUUAGUGCUUGAUGAAGCUACAGCAUCAAUAGACAAUACUACUGAUGCUAUUCUUCAAAAGACAAUUAGAACAGAAUUCAUAGAUUGCACUGUAAUAACUGUUGCUCACAGAAUUCCAACAGUGAUGGACUGCACCAAGGUGCUUGGGAUUAGUGAUGGUAAAUUAGUGGAGUAUGAUACUCCAAUGAAAUUAAUGAAAACUGAAGGGUCUCUCUUUGGGGAACUUGUCAAGGAAUACUGGUCCCACACUGUCAAUGCAGAUUAGGAGUCUCUGAAACCAUAAUGAAGCAUUUUGCAAGAUACAGCAAAGUUAUUUCUCCUCUGAAUCCGCAAAAUAGGUCAGUUCAUUUCUUGCCAGGUUGACUGACUAAACACCAUAAAUUUUGUGAAAAAGGAAGAAAAAUUACCUUCUUAUAUCUACAGCAUUGUAAGGUUUACUUGGAGAAUGAUGUUAAUUUUAGAUAGCUAAAUGUAAAUUCAUACAAAAUUAUAUUUCCAAAGCUUUUAUAUAUUCUGUAAACUUUGAUAUUUCAGUAAUUGUAUAAGUUUCUACUAGAUGCUUAUAUAUUUGAAGCUACCCAUGCUUUUGCCAUCAUUUAACAAUCACAGCAAUGUAUUCAGGAAAAUGUUUGAUUUGUAAACUUAAUUUGUUC